CUCUUCUCUAGCUAGUAGUUAGCCCAGCCAGUCACUGCUCGAGCUCCCAUUGCUGCUCUUCUCUCUUUUUGGCAAAGUCCACUCUCACAUUCACUUUCAGUAGCAAACGCCCUUUCGAAGAAGAAGAAGAACAUGACGAGCAAACAGAGCAGUAUGUCCAUUCCCGGCAUUCCGGACGACUUUUUCGUCGUCAAGAAGACGGGUCUUUCGCAAGCUCAGGCGCUGUCGGCGUACCUGGGAGGUUCGGCCUUCCAAACCGUCAUGGACAAUCCCGUGACUGCGUACCGUCAGCUCGUGCAACAGUACGCCAAGGACGCUGCGGGGAAGCCCGUGGACCCCAAAAUCGCCUCCCAAGAAGCCAAGGCUGUCUUUCGUGCGCAUCCCGUCUCGGCGAGUCUGUCCGGAGUCGGACCUCGCCUGAUCGGUGUAGGCUUCAAGCGUAUCCCCAAGUUCGGCAUUCUUCUCGGGUUUUCCUUCUUUCUCGGUGAAGGAGAAAACCCCGGCUUUGCUGCCGCCACCGCUGCAUCGAUUCUCAGCGCUCCCUUUAUCAAUCCCAUUCGAAUGAUUGAAAAGCAGCAGCGUGCCUUUUUCAAGCAAACCGGACACACCAAGCCGAUUCUGGAAAUCAUGCGGGAAGCCGCUGCGCAGCGCUUUGCCCCGCUCUUCCGGGGAACCAUUCCUCUCAUGGGGCAUUCUCUCGCAUCCGCAUUGCUCGGCUUGGUCGGACAGCCGCGUUUGCAAAAGUACAUUCAGAAGGAGCUCGGCGACAAAACCUCACUCGGACGCGCCGCCACCGGACUCGUUGCCAGUUCCAUCGUCAGUCCCAUCUACGUCGUCGUUACCAAUCCGCUUAGUCGUCUCGAAGUCAUCAUGCAAACCUCCGCCAUUGCGGGCAAACCCUACACUGUCGUUGGUGCCGUCAAGGAAAUGGCUGCCGACAUGGCAGCCUUUGGCAUGCGCGGCGUCUUUCGUGGACAGGGCAUUGGCAUUGCCAAAGCCGUCAUCUCACUCACACUCUUUCACGAAGGACGACACGCCCUACAAGAUGCCUUUAAAAACCAUAACGUCGCCAAUGGAUACCUCCCGGAAGAAUAA